AGAUGAUAUUGGCGGUCGCCUCCUUUCUCACCCUGUGAAUACUUCUGGCACCACUCGAGCCUCACCAGAAGCGCAGAUGGUGCGCAAAUUCAAGUUAGAGACGGCCAAUGUUACUCUAACCUCUCAACUUACCAAAAACUCUACCACAAAUCGGUUUAAAGUUCGAGCAAUGUUUAAAAUUGCUCUGUGUUGUUCGACGCUUUACCGACAGUCAUUUAUGAUAAGAAAGAUCCUUUUUGUUUUCACUUCUUACGGCCAAGAUGAUCGUCGGAAUGAAAAGCAGUAUUUGAUUUUUUACUCAAAAUCAGUUAUUGUGCCUUCUCCACUAGUGUUGAGUAAUGCGUCAUCGGUUGCUCACAGUACUGUUAGGAAACCAAUCUCAGAGAUAACACUGUUAGUGAGGCCUACAUCUCCAAGUGUUGACAUUAACAUUCUGUUGGGUAGCUUAACCACCUCAGUAGUUCCAUCCCCAGUACGCUCUACAGUAGCUCUUUCCUCUUCAGUUGUUCGAGAGACUGAUAAGCCACCAGUUACAGAAACAACAGUUUCAGUGAGGCCCCCACCCCCUUCAGGUAAUGGAGCUUUGGUGGCAUUCAUGGUGGCAUUCACUGUGACCAUGGUACUUUGGUUUGGAAUUAUUUAAUUUUCUCUCAGGAGAAAUCCACAAGAAGAUAAUCUUUAAAUGAAUAAAAGUUAAUAAUAUGGUCCAAUAUGAUAUGGACCAAUUGGUAAGUGUUUUUUUUUUACUCCAGGUAUAAAGUGAGAAGCAAACAAGUUAAGUCAGGGGUACAAAUAACACAUAUAUUUGAUACUGUCUGACAAGCGAUAUUUUAACUUGUAUAUGUUAUCGCAAGCGUUUGGGUUAGGAAAUCAACUAGCUAGUAAAAUUACAGUUGUAUUCCAGGCUUUCUUAAUUACCAUCAAGCUUUUUAAGCAUCUCAGUUAUUUCAAAUAAUCUUUUCGCAACCCCCACUUAUUUCAUUCAAACGUGUAAAAAACAUAGGCAAUUUUUUAGUCAGGAGUUAAUUUCAAACCACUGACCAAUCUGGAACUUUUAAAUGCGCUCGUUCACGGUGCAAAACUUGUCCUUUCAUUCAUAACGUAGAGAAAAUAUCGGGACUCAAGAGAUCCAUUAAGAUCAUUGAUCACUUUACGUGUACCUCCGCCAAUGUUAUAUACUGCAUAACUUGCACUUAUUGCAAUAAGUUAUACAUCGGCGAAACAGGAAGACGACUAGGUGACCGAUUCCGAGAACACCUUCGGAACGUGGAAAGAAAUGACAAGGACGCAUCCAAACCAGUCGCUAGACACUUUAAUCUUCCUAAUCAUUCUAAACAGCAUAUGGUAGUUUGCGGCCUUUCCUUACAUCUAGGCAGUUCGGAAAGCCGUAAAACACUAGAACAAAAAUUUAUCUUCCAAAUCGGCACCCUUAAUCCCCACUGAAUCAACGAGCGCUUUUCAUUCAACUAAUUUAUUCCUGUUUUCUCGUCACCAUAUUCCCACCAAUGGCGUAGCUCCACUUUCUGCAUAUAAACCCACCCACAACCCACAAUUCCUCCAAUCGCUCCGACGAAGGGCUAACACUCGAAACGUCAGCUUUUUUACCCUUUACGGUGGCUAAUUUACGUUUUCAACCCGGUUGUUAACACUAAAUUACCUGCUAUACUCUACCACCGACGCAGCACCACAGUUUCUUUAGAAACUUACCCCUUUAUUAUGUUGGUCUGUCUGCCUACCCACCUACCUGUCUGUCUGUCUGUCUUUAAUUUAUAUCAUUAUUAUUAUAAUUAUUAUUAUUUAUUUAUUUAUUUGCCCAAUCCACUGACCAACCUUCGCAAAAUGGAAGGCUAUAAUAGGAAAUGGAAUAUUUUUAUGAAAGUAUCCUUCCCCAUAAUUACAUCAUGGAACGACCUCGCCUCUUUCCAUAAGAUCACCAACAGCAGCUCUUCUAACUUGUAGUCCAAGACUAAGUAUUUUUAAGGUAAACAAAUAAAUGAUACAAAGAAAAUAAGAAAUAAUAAUUAUACAAGUAAGACUUGUAGAUAUGCAAGUAAAUUAUGCAGCAUAGAUCUUAGAGUAAUUUUGAACGGAAUGUCAAUAGCGCCACUUUCCCAAAAAGUUAGAUGAUCAUAAAACAAAAUCAGGCAGUGAUUUAUCAAGACUGGUCCCUUUGGUAGUCAUGCGCAUUUUCCAACAUCAAAGUCGGUCUUACGCAAUUUUACAACCCGCUUUGAGUUCUAAUAGACACCUUGUGAUAUUAUCCUGUGUAUUGAUUGUCCAGAGUGAGAACUUGGCUUGUUGUUUUUACGACAUUCCAUAGAAAAGAGGUUCUUAAAUUUAAUGUUUUUUUUUCUGGCGAAUUUUUAGCAUUUAUUUUUGUCGUUUUGUAAUUAAUGUUUAAGAAUAGAGAAAAAUAGAAUUAGAGAAGCCGCGUAAUUCCCUAGAUGGCCAACAUUGUGCCGAUGUCAGCCCUCGGCUGUAACUAUGUAUAAGUAUUAAAGAUGAUUGUACUACUAAGUGCGAAGAAACAAUUUGUCAGUAGCGAAUUUUCCGUCUUUUUGUUCAAACGAAUAAAGUGAAAUCACUUCUUG